UAAAUUAAAAAAUUAAAAAUCGGCUGCUGAGUUUGUUCGAGCGUGUCAAUUCUUCGGCGUUGCUCUAUUAAUCUCCGGCGAAUACUGUUCAUAGAGGUUAAUUGGGUUGGGUUUUCUGAGAACAAGACAACUCAGAGAAAACCUAACAGAAUAUGUUAACUAAUGAUGAAGGAAAAGCAUGUGAGGGGAAGCGACUCUGUUAGAGAUAUGAACUGUAGCAACAAAUUGCAUAAAGUGAAUUGGUCGGACCAUGCCAAGGCACACAAUAAUUUUUCGAGCCAAGAUAAAUUCUUGAGUGCCAACUUCCUUUUCUCGUUGCCUACUCAGAAACCUCAAAUUGGUGAAGCAAUGGGUACCAGGUCUGUGAUUUGUCAAGUUCGAGACUUCAGAACGCAGAAUGUGCAAUUUGAAAAGGCUUGGCAGCUUCUUUCCAAGCUUCAGUUAUCUUCUCGAAAUUAUAAUAAACUUGGAAAAACUCUUCCUCUAUCCAAAGAUGUCAAUGCAUUCACAUCUCAAAGCUCAAGACGGACAACUCAACAAUGCCUACCUGGUUCGAAAAGCACAGCUGCAGUCUGUAAUCAAACUUAUCAAAGCUUUAGUAAUGGUGAUGUACAAACCAGUAAACCCAAUAAGAGCUUGGACAGUUCUUUUCCACCCAACACUUUCGAGGCUAAGGAAGCCAGACAGGUGAUGUUCGGGCAGAAGGGUUCACACUCAUCGACAAAUGAUACAUCGCAAAGACAAACCAUCAAUUCCACUGCCGGUAAAUCAGCCGUGCACGUAAGUGCAAGGAAUGGCCCCACUGUGCUUGAUGGCAUUGAUGAAGAUGACAUUAUGGAGAAUAUUGAUGUGGAUCGGAUAGUUUCGGAUCAUUACCAGUCAACACCUCAACCAUCAAUCUCUAAACUCCCACCGAUUACUCCUCAUACAAAGAAAGACAAUUUUCUCAACGAAGAAAUAAAUUUGCCUUCAGAGUUGUGUGUGAUGUGCAAUCACAAUUAUAAGCUGGGACUUUGCCCUGAAGCUUCAAAUCACCUGCAAGCUAUGAAAGAUAGCCUAAUAGCCAUAUCGAAUGAUCUUAUAGACAAUGUUGAUGAGAUGAGUCCAGAACAAGUAGAGACCCUUCGUCAAGAAAGGCAGCAGUUGAAGAAACAAGUUCAGCAGCUUGAGAAAUAUCUUAACACUACAUCAGUCAACGAGGAAAGAAACAUGUCACAAUUUUCUGCAUCCACAACAGCCCCUAGGGCUUUCCAGUCUGAUACACCUUCAACUAUGCCAUUUAGAAUUGAUCCCAGAAGGCUUGAUACCCAGUUCCAAGCAAAUAAUGAGCCCUAUGGGUUUGAUAGAUGGGGUUCAUCUUCCACUUCAUUUUCCGCGGAUGGGUUUGGGACUUCAACUGCCCCAUUUGAGAGAGAACCAUAUGUUCCAAAGUAUAUUGAUAUCAACUACAUAGAUGGUUCAAAUGACAAAAAAUGGAGUAGUCGGGAAUUUUCUUGGACAAAGGAGCUAGAGGUCAACAACAAGAAAGUGUUUGGAAAUCAUUCCUUCCGCCCAAACCAGAGAGAGGUGAUCAAUGCUACAAUGAGCGGACACGAUGUCUUUGUUUUAAUGCCAACUGGAGGAGGGAAAAGCCUGACUUAUCAGCUGCCGGCUCUUGUAUGCCCAGGCAUAACUUUGGUCAUUUCACCUCUUGUUUCUCUUAUCCAAGACCAAAUAAUGCAUCUACUUCAGGCAAACAUACCUGCUGCAUAUCUAAGUGCCAACAUGGAGUGGAGUGAGCAGCAGGAGAUUUUUAGAGAGCUUAGCUCAGAUUACUGCAAAUACAAGCUGUUGUAUGUCACACCAGAGAAAGUUGCUAAGAGUGAUGUUCUACUCCGUCAGUUGGAGAACCUACAUGCUCGUGAGUCUCUUGCUCGGUUUGUCAUUGAUGAAGCUCAUUGUGUUAGCCAAUGGGGACAUGAUUUUAGACCAGAUUACCAGGGUCUCGGUAUUUUGAAACAGAAGUUCCCAACCAUACCUGUGUUGGCUUUAACUGCUACUGCUACUAUUAGUGUGAAGGAAGAUGUUGUCCAAGCUCUUGGUCUAGUGAAUUGCAUAGUUUUUCGGCAAAGUUUUAAUCGUCCAAACUUACGAUAUUCUGUCGUUCCCAAGACAAGGAAGUGUGUAGAAGAUAUUGACAAAUUUAUCAGAGAGAAUCAUUUCGAUGAAUGUGGAAUCAUUUACUGUCUUUCUAGGAUGGAUUGUGAAAAAGUCGCCGAAAAGUUACAGGAGUAUGGACACAAAUCAGCCUUUUACCAUGGCAGCAUGGAGAGUACUCAACGUUCAAUGGUUCAGAGACAGUGGAGCAAGGAUGAGGUCAAUAUUAUAUGUGCAACAGUGGCAUUUGGGAUGGGUAUCAACAAGCCUGAUGUUCGGUUUGUCAUUCACCAUUCUCUUCCAAAAUCCAUCGAAGGCUACCAUCAGGAGUGUGGUCGUGCUGGUAGGGAUGGUCAGCCUUCAUCUUGCGUGUUAUACUACAGCUAUAGUGAUUAUAUUCGUGUGAAGCACAUGAUUAGUCAAGGAGCGGCUGAGCAAACUCCCUUUGGAUCGGGAUACAGUCGUACAAAUACGGGACAGUCAGGGAGGUUAUUGGAGACAAACACUGAGAAUCUCCUAAGAAUGGUUAGCUAUUCCGAAAAUGAUGUCGACUGUCGACGUCUCCUACAGCUAGUUCAUUUCGGAGAAAAAUUCGAUUCUCUAAACUGCCAGAAAACAUGCGACAAUUGUUCCAAAAAUCAAAGCUGUGUGGAGAAAGACGUGACUGGGACAGCAAGGCAGUUGGUUGAAUUGGUAAAGACAACAGGACAGCAGUUUUCGGCUGCCCAUCUGUUGGAGGUCUACAGAGGGUCCUUAAGCCAGUUUGUCAAGAAACAUAGACACGAGAACUUGAGCUUGCAUGGGGCUGGAAAACAUUUGGCCAAGGGUGAAGCAUCUCGUGUACUCCGCCAUUUGGUCAUUGAAGAUAUUCUCGUUGAGGAUGUGAAAAAGAGUGAUCUAUAUGGAUCAGUAUCCUCAAUUGUGAAGGUGAAUGGAUCCAAGGCUUACAAUCUCUUUUCUGGAGCCCAGACGAUUAAAUUAAGAUUCCCAUCUGCUCCUAAAGCAUCUAAGCCAGGUCGAACAGAAGCCACUCCAGCAAAAGGCUCUAUGAUAUCAGAGAAGCAAAGUCCUAUACAGAUAGAUACUCCAGCCCAACCUCCCUCUGAAGUCGAUUUGAACCUUUCAGCCAAAUUAUAUAACUCAUUACGAAUGCUUAGAAUUGUUCUUCUCAAGGAAGCAGGAGACGGGUUUAGCGCAUAUCACAUUUUUGGAAAUGCAACACUGCAGCUGAUAAGUAUGAAAAUACCAAGAAACAGAGACGAACUUUUAGAGAUCAACGGUAUUGGCAAGGCAAAGAUCACCAAAUACGGAGAUCGUGUACUGGAGACAAUCGAAGCUACGAUCAGGGAUUAUUACAACAAAGACAAAAGCAGCAGCAGCAGUAACGACAGCAGUGAAUCGAAGAAGAGAAGAAAUGUCGCUAAUAAUGUUUCGAACGAGGACGAUUUCACUGAGAGCACCGGUCGGUCAAAGAGAAGAUUGACGAAGAAUCGCAAUAAAAGUCCCGAGGUUAUUGAUUGUUCUUUAAUUGACGGACUCGAAGAUAUCGACUUUGAUGACAAUUUAUUCGAUGUUAGCGUUGGUGAAGUUGACCAGGGUGGUGGUGGAAGAGCUUUACCUUCAUGGUCAACCAAUGGGAAGUGAGGACCAUGGUUGGUGUUUGAAAUGGUUUGUUCUUGGCGGGAAAAUUGGUAUGUUUAAUGCAUAAAUGGUACUUUGUAAAACUGUAGGUCAUUUUCUUGUAGUGUUUACUGGGUUACUCUCUUGGCAACUCUAAUUAUAAUUAUUAUUAUCAUGCUGUGGUUUGCCUUUA